AUUUUUCAAUUGCAAUACUGAAACACUAUCUGUCAAGUUUAGUCGUGGGGUGCCGAGAAAACGGAGUUUCUCCUAUAAUUUCAUCAAUUUACCCUGCUUAAUAUCAAAAAUGGCAUUCCGUGGUGUCCUGAGGAACGUAGCCAGGAGGCUGCAAGUUCGUACCUAUGCUGCAGAUGCUCCUAAGGGCGAUGAAAUGGCACUCACUUUUGCUGCAGGCAACAAAGUAUUCUACGACAAACAAGUAGUCAAGCAGGUUGAUGUGCCAUCAUUGAGUGGUGCCUUCGGUAUCCUGCCUAAACAUGUUCCUACACUCGCUGUUCUGCGACCUGGUGUAGUGACUGUGAUUGAAAAUGACGGCAAAACAAACAAGAUCUUUGUGUCUUCCGGAACUGUCACAGUCAAUGAUGACUCUUCUGUUCAGGUUCUGGCUGAGGAAGCGCAUCCCUUAGAAAACCUCGACCGUGGCGCGGCGCAGGAGUCUCUCAGCAAAGCUCAAUCUGAACUGAACUCUGCUGCUAACGACAAGGCUAAGGCAGAGGCAGCGAUCGCCGUCGAAGUAGCCGAGGAGAUCCUCAAGGCGGCCUCCGGUUAAGUGUUAUAUAAGUCUCAGCACUGCCAUUGAACAGUUAGUGUUUAAAGAACUAUUUAAUAUUUACGUUUCUGUAUAAAUAAAAACCCGUCUCCAGUAGAA